AACUUUUAGUUUAGAAAUUUAGUGGAGGGCAGUAAUGCAAAAUCCUGGGUGCAAACAGCCCUCAAAGACAAGCAACAAAGAAGAGCCCGACGAACCCCUGUCGUCACCCCAAACUAUCCAAUCAACACACGACUUGGGCGGAAGUGGGAUAUUUGAAAGCUGGCAGUUGAUGUCGAGCCUUUUUUCCUGCCCCAUAAGAGUGAAAAGGGAUUAAUGACAGCGAAAACAUGAUGGAGGAAGAGGAGCACACUGACAGAAAGCAGCAGUUUGCCAUGAUUUAUCAAAAACUUAACAAAAUAAAAAAGUAUCUCAACGAAGAUGACACAGACAAUAUUAACCAGGUUAUACACACCAACUCCCCCGAAUCAUGCCUGUCAUAUUUGGCGGACCUGGAGAAGAAGGGGGACCCUCACCUGGAUCGAAACCACCUCACCAGACUUCUUGACUUUUAUACCCGAGUAUUCUCCAAUAUGCCACUGGGGAAGCACUGUGAGAAUGAGAGCUAUGCCAGGAUGCUGGUUAGAUUUGCAGAGUUAAAAGUAAUUCAAGAUGUGAAUGAAGCAGAAGCCAACUUCACUGUGGCGAGAUCUCACAGCCAGAAGUUUGCAUUUGUUCACAUUGCACAUGCACAGUUUGAACAUUCUCAAGGCAACACAAAGAGAGCCAUUUACAUAUUACAGAAUGCGAUCGAACUGGGUGCCAAACCACGAGAACUGCUGGAGGCGACUUUGCGGAGCAUGCAGGCGGGGAAAACACAACUGUUCUGUGCAGGGGAUAAGGAAAACGUACCAUUUGUGUCGAACAGUAAUGUGCACGAAUCUGUCAGAAAAGGCUCCGCAUUCCAAAAAGUCAACAGAAUAUCAGACGGGACAGGAGAUUUGCAGCUCUCCAGUAUUUUUGGUUCAGAGACUGAGCCCCCCGCAGCAUCAUCAGAUGACCUGUUACCAGGCUGGAGAUCUGGAUCUCAACGCAAGAGAGCAGUUGGCAUGCCAGGGAGAGUUCCCAUAGUACCUUUCUCUAUCCGAGAACAUGAUGAUGAUGAUGAUGAUGAAGAUUACAUGAAGAGAAAUGAUGCAUCAAUCCACUCCAGUUUGUCGAGGCAAACAUCUGGCUCAAACAUGAACUCAGUGUUUGGGCUGUCAUCCACAAAGAGAAAUGUUGUGGAUGGAGAUCACAAGCCACCCGCUGUCAGCCCAGAGCAUUGUCCUUGGGAGGACCAGGCAGCUGCAGACUCCACCACCACACUCCUGCACACAAGGGGCCCCUUGAGAUUGGAAGAUGUUACAGACAACUUUGACCAGAUUGUCAGUGGAAAUUCCCCUGAGUCGUGUUGGUCGUAUCUGAUGAACCUGGAGAAAAGAGGCGACCCGCACACAGACAUCAACCUCCUUAACAAGCUCAAGGACUGUUAUUCUAAAAUCUUCUCCAGGCUGCCAAUAAGGCAGUACAGCAAGAAUACCAGCUAUGCCAAAAUAUUGGUCAGAUAUGCAGAACUAAAGGGGAUUGAAGACCCAGAUGAAGCCCAAGACCACUUCAUAGUUGCACGAUCCAACUGUAAAGCCUUUGCCUUUGUCCACAUUGCACAUGCCCAGUUUGAGGUUUCUCAAGGUAAUGUGAUGAAGGCGACAUCAAUUCUGCACAAAGCCCAGGCGCUGAAUGCCAGGCCAGCAGAACUCCUUGAGGUGGCCAUAAGUAACCUGAAGGCUGGGGUGAAACAGCUUUUGCCUACCAGAGAAGAGGAACACCCUACAGAUUUCGAAACAGGUGUUCCAGUAAGUGUGCCUACCUGUGGGGCAAAUCAGGAACGUCCGCUUCCUGCUCGAGUCCCUGUGAGACGGUCAGUGGAACCACCCAAACCUGCCAACAAGGAGGCCCCAUCAGAAUGGAAGAUACCAACACUCGUCAACUGGCAUGCUUCUCCAGAGGAUAAACGCACAACACCCCCUGAUCCCAGACCUGUACCUCGUGUGCAGGAGUCACUCCCCACUCCGUCUCUCCAUCUUCCCUCCAGACUGAACCCACAACCAGUCUGUCAGACACCCAACAGCUACAGAAACCCUUCUGCCAGCAGCUUUAUCACUCCUGUUGUAAAGAGAGGCCCUGAAGUAUCUUCCUCUGCAGUGGUAGCACACAGAGCCGGACCCAUUCACCAGCCCUUUACACCACUAAACCAAGCACAGGGUUUCCAAACUCCACAGCCUUCCGUCACAACGUUGUCAAAUGAAUCCAUCACCAUUAAGGGAAAGCAGUUCUUCAUACUCAAGAUGAUUGGACGUGGUGGAUCCAGCAAGGUCUACCAGGUCCUCGAUCACAAAAAGCAGCUGUUUGCUGUGAAAUAUGUCGACCUUGAGGAGGCUGAUGCUCAGACGAUAGAAAGUUACAAAAACGAGAUUGAACAUCUGAACCACUUACAGCAGUACAGCGAUCAAAUUAUCAAGCUGUAUGAUUAUGAAAUAACCAACAGCUACAUCUACAUGCUAAUGGAGUGUGGAAACUUGGAUCUGAACACUUGGUUGCGAAACCGCAAAGCUGUGAAUCCACUGGAGAGGAAGUUCUACUGGAAGAACAUGCUGGAGGCCGUUCAAACCAUCCACAAACAUGGGAUUGUCCACAGUGACCUGAAACCAGCAAAUUUUGUAAUUGUGAAUGCUUCGCUGAAGUUAAUUGACUUUGGCAUCGCAAACAGAAUCCAACCAGAUGUGACGAGCAUUAUGAAGGAUUCACAAGUUGGAACUCUGAACUACAUGCCCCCUGAAGCCAUCAAAGACACUUCAUCCCAGGCAGGAAAAGCACGCUCAAAGAUCAGCCCCAAAGGUGAUGUGUGGUCCCUUGGAUGCAUCCUGUACUGCAUGACUUACGGGAAAACUCCAUUCCAAAGCAUCACCAAUCAGAUUUCCAAGCUGCACGCCAUCAUCGACCCUUCUCAUAAGAUUGAAUUUCCUGACAUCGCCGAGAAAGAUUUACUGCAUGUGUUGAAGAGUUGUCUGAUACGAAACCCCAGAGAAAGAGUCUCUAUUGCAGAGCUGCUGGCACACCCAUACCUGCAGCUGAAGCCACAAGCAUCACCUGAGCCAGAACGUCCAUCUAACAGCGAUCUCCAGAAGAUCCUCACAGACCUCGCAGCCCUCCAGUCUCCAAACAGCAUCAUCCGAGCAGCCAAUAAUCUGGCAAAAAUGUGCAGCAGUGGCAGGAAGCUGGAUGUUGCCGAGUGUGCAAAGUCAUCAACUUAACUAUUGUUGGAAAUGUGAUGUGGAUAUUUUCCAUUUUUACCUUUUUUUUUUUUUUUUUUCUUAAGCCUGAUGACCACUUCAGUAUAAUAACAAUAUUUUCUUUAGAAAUAGAACUAACAGAUCUGUACUUUUAUAUUUGUUUGUUUCCUCAAAACAAAAUGUUUAUAAUGCCUCAAUCUCACUUAUGUAUGAUAACAGAUGUAAAUAUACAGCAUCGUCUAAUAAACGCACUGUAACCUUA